CCUCUUGACAGGUGUACCCGGAAGAAACAGGAUUUUGAAAAUGGCGAUCCACGCAGUUCUCAGCCAAAAGAAAGAAAAAUAGAGUUGCUCUUAGUCCAUGUCGUAACCAAACCGAGCUGUGACGGAUCGUGGAGGACAUUGUGAUCUGCUGUAAAUAUGGACCGUUUGGGGAUGGCACGGGAGGACGAUGGGAAAGAGGACUCCUAUACAGAAAACCUUAUUGGUACACUGUUGGCUAUCUUUGGAAACUUGUUGGUCAGCAUCUCAGUGAGCAUUCAGAAACAAAGUCAUGUUUCAUUAGCAGGAAAUAAAGACCCAAGGCAGUACUACCACACUAAAACCUGGUGGUUCGGCCUGAUGCUUAUGGUUCUAGGAGAGGGUGCAAUGUUUGUGUCAUAUGCAUUUGCUCCUCUCUCUCUCAUAGCUCCACUUAACGCUGUGUCUGUCAUAUCAAGUUCCAUCUUAGGUUUCCUUUUUUUGCGAGAGAAGUGGAAGGCUAAGGAAUUCUUGAAGCGCUACAUUUUGACUUUUCUGGGCUGUGCCAUGACGGCAGGCGGUACUUACCUCUUUGUGACAUUUGGACCGAAUUCUCACGAAAAGCUGAACGCAGAAAAUAUAGUCAAACAUGUUAUUAGCUGGCCGAUCCUCUUAUACUUGCUUCUUGGAAUUAUUGCAUUCUGUCUGAUCCUGUAUUUCUACAAACAGUGGAAUGCAAACUACCUCGUUUUGAUUCUUCUAUUAGUGGCACUACUUGGCUCAGUGACUGUGAUCACAGUGAAAGCAGUUUCAGGCAUGAUUGUGCUCAGUGUCAGGGGUCCUCUGCAGCUCUCAUACCCCAUAUUCUACGUCAUGUUUGUCUGCAUGGUGGCUACUGUUUUUUUCCAAGCAUCAUUUUUAGCACAGGCAUCUCAUCUGUAUGAUUCCUCUCUCAUCACCUGUGUGAAUUACAUUUUCUCAACAACAUUAGCGAUUGUGGCUGGUACCAUAUUUUACCAGGAAUUCAACCAUGAAGAUGUUCUGCACAUAUGCAUGUUUGCAUUGGGAUGUGCUGUAUGUUUCCUUGGAGUGUUUCUUAUCACCAAAAACAAGAGAAGGGCCAAAGCCUUUGAGCCAUAUGUCACUAUGGAUAUGGCGAAAGGUAUUCCAACCAUUCACGACAAAGGCUGGGCCGUGCAGCCAGAUUACAACGGUUCAUUUUCCUACGGAGCACUUGAGAACAAUGACAACGUUUCUCCUGUGACUCUCCCAGUGGGUCAGGAUCAGUCCGUCUCACCUGGUCCUGUUAGCCAGUACCAAUCUACAGAGCUGAAGAAGGAUUGAGUGGACAUUUUACCCAAAAGAACUGUUUGUGUUUAAGCCUUUUCUGUUUGCUUGAUGGGAGCAAAAUCUAACAGAUUGAAAAUACUGGACCAUUCUAUAACUUCUGUAUAGCUCUACAACAAUAUUGUUACUUCUGGGAAUUCUAAUCCUGUCUCAUUGGUGGGGUUGGUUUGAACUUUUUUGCAGGGAGAUACUGUCAGGGAUACUGGCAUGUUAUCUUAGAAUGAAGAUUGUAAUUGUAAUCAAGCCUUAAAUAUGUUGAUUGACACUUAUUCCUCCUGACACCCUCAUCAAAGUUGGAAAGUGCUUAUAGUUAAACUCAGAACCUAUAUAUACCUCAAAACAUUUUUCGAUUGUGUUACUGCUUUGUACCAAACAUAAUGCGACCCCUCCUUUAUCACCUAGAGGACUAAUGUUCACUAAAAACAUCAUAACAAACAUCCCUGCUUAUUACAUAGUUUCGGUUUGGUACAAAAUCUUGCACACAUUUGGUAGCAUUUGGACUGGAAAGUGUGCCGUGCUUGUUAUUUAUUUUCUGUGCAAGUCUAAAACAAAGGAAAUUGCUUUUCUUUUCUAUGGAAUGUGCCAGAUACCAAAACACUGGGGGUGGUUAUAGAUGACUUCUUUACUGCCGUCAGAAACAUUGAUGGUUAUUUAUUGUAUAUAUUUUGUUAUGCUAUGCCUCUAGUAUGCAGCUUUUUAUAUAUUAAACAUAAGUAAUCAUUACUGUGUUUUUAUUGAGUGUUAACACAAGUUAUGUGUAAAGCUGUGCUGAGAUAAUGCAAUUUUAUUAAAUGUUUGCAUAUGAUUGUUAUUCAGUCAUUCAAUCAAAGUAUUUAAUAAAUGUUUGCAUAUGAUUGCUUUUCACUUAAAGCGAUUAUGCUGGUGUUUCUGGUAAUAGCCAUUCUUUAGUGACAAUGUAUUUCUUGUCUUAGUAUUUCACACUGUAAUGCAAAUCCAAUUAAACUGCUUCUGAUUGAUCUGGUUCAAUGCCUUAUAAAAAUAAAAAUUGUAAUGCUGUUUUACAUGAGCAAUGUAUUAAAGCCUUACUGUAUCUA